UUGGGACCACAGCCCCAUUUAAAAAGGCCAAAGCGUGGCCUAGCAGGGGAGGAUGCUAGGCUGCAAUGUAAAGAAAACAUUACUUCCACUUCACUUCAUAAAGCACGGUGCAUCUCGUCCCUGUUCAUGUCGAGUGCUGCUUCUCCUAGCGAAGCUCGAAGAAUUGAUGCUAUGUUUAAGCACAAACUGAACAAGUGUAAAGUCUGAGAACAAGUCGCACGCGCGGGAUUUUGGUUGUAGAUGAAAAAGGAUUAUGUGAAGAGCAUGAACAAUUACGACGCCGAUCUGAGGAAGAUGAUACACUUGGUUGGAAUAGCUAAACAGAAUCAUAAGGAGUCUUGUGACGCUGCCGAUUUUCUCAGAGAGCAGCUGAAGGUUACCAAGGAGCACCUUCGAU